AUGACGAGCAGCUGCAAUCACGAACAUGUCUCAGUUUCAACGAUCGUAAAUGAUCAAGUCAUCAAUGGUUGUUACCUCAAAAAAGAAACCACAACAGAAUGUAUUUAUCUCAAAGCUUUUCAGGUCGAAUCAGAUUCGAUUUCCUUCUCCGUAACUUAUGAGACAAACCAUGAUAUUCGCCACGAAAAUCUCCAUGGACACAUGAUCAAGAUCCCCCUUGAACGCCCCCACCCUGUCCUUGGACUUGAACAUAACAUCCCGGAACAGUUUCUUGUCUCCCAAGAAACAUGUCUUAAUCACGUCAUGAUCGUUUUGUCGGAGAUGUAUCUCCCGCCUGCUACUCAAGAACGUCUUGUCAGUUAUAUAUCAACUGAAUCCCUUAAUUUUAGCAGCCGCCACCGCGGUGAAGGAGGAGGAGGAGGAGGUUUCAGGAUCGAAGUCAACGUUAAAGUCCACGUUGAUCAUUGGGUGAGGAUUGAGUGUUGCAACAAGGACAAAGAUACUUCUUGUGAGGUCCAGGCAAGACAACUGAAGACAAAACUGGCGGCGACGGAUUGUCCGAUAUGCUUAACGGAAUUAUCUAGUGGGUUGAGUCGCCUGGAGUUACACUGUUCCCAUGUUUUCCAUACAGAGUGUGUGAUGAAUUGGCUGAUGAUGAGAAACCCUUCUUGCCCUAUCUGCCGAGCCAAUGUUGUUGGCAAAACUGUUUCUGUCUAUUAG